UAAGAUCUGCACUAGUUCGCAUCGCGUCUGGCUGUGGCCAAUUUUCUGUCUGAAAUGGUGAACUUUCAAGUUUGACGUGCCGAGUCGAUUGGACGUGAACUUCAUAUUUAAUUAAUGAUACCUUGGGGGAAAUAGGCAGCGUAUAUGUUGUUAGUAAUUUAAUUACGUUCGAUCUUGGUGAUUACGAUCAAUGAUAUAAGUCAACGCGGUUUGGUUGUCGUUCAAGUUUUACACCAAGUAUAAUCGAUAAAUACGGGUCAAGAAAUUGACAACUUUGUGAGCGGAUUUGACGUAUUACCGGAAAGCUCAUCCUGUACCUCAUUUUUCAUUUCGUAUUACAAUCUGACGAUACCGGAAUGUCGACAUCAAUGAUUUCUGGUGCUAAACUGCAGGAUGACAUGAACAGCAUACCAUUGGCAGAUGAUGACCCCCAGGUCAUCAUUCCUGAGGAAGAAUUACCUGACAACAUGUCUCACCUAUCUGAUGUACUUGUACACGGCCGUAGCAUGGAUUCCAUACCCUCAACAUUUACCAAUGGCAGCAGCAGUCCCAAUACUUUAUCAUUCCAUAACUAUCGCUUAGGCCUGGAUCCCGACAUAAGCCCUGAUGAACAAGAAGAAAAAGCCAGAUUGAUCGCACAGGUUUUGGAGUUGCAGAAUACUCUAGAUGAUCUAUCGCAAAGAGUAGACAGCGUUAAGGAAGAGAAUUUAAAAUUGCGAAGCGAAAAUCAAGUCCUUGGACAAUAUAUUGAAAAUUUGAUGUCAGCUUCGAGCGUAUUUCAAUCGACAAGCCCUAAAUCGAAAAAGAAGUGAAAUCAUUAUUAUGAAUUAUUCUAUUGAUAAAAAGAAUGUUAAUGCUAUAUUCGCUCCAUUGGGCCAGUAUUUUCGAUUAAUUUAUGGUUUCGAUCAAAUUUUUGGUGGAAUGGAGGUAUGUAUGUAUAUACUAUGAAACAAUCCUUUUGUAGUCAUUGACUUUCUAAAUUUUAUCAAAAGGUUUACCAGUUGACCAUUGCUAAUAAAAUAAUACAUUCCUCCGAGUUUCAAACUCAGAUUGUAAUUUAUUGAUAUAACUUAUGAAAAUCAUUUUUAGCGAGGUUUUUUUUCUCUGUCUAGUGUACCGAUUAUGGUAUAAAAAGUUUUUCGUGCAAUAAAAUGUCCUGAUAAAUUCGAGAAAGCCAAAUAUAUCAUAAAUCAAUAACAAUCAUAAUCAUAACAAUAUUAAUAAUAAUAAUGAAAUGACAUACCUGGUUAGUUUCUAAAUACACAUACAUACCUACACAUAUAUAAUACUUUCAUCUGCACUGAAGAGAAACUUUUUAGAUUACCUAUGAAGCUUUGAGCUUGAAUAGUAACUCGCUUAACAGCAACAUUAAUUACAAAGUUGAAAGAGUUCAAUUCACAGUUUAUACAUUUUUUACCACAGUGUGCUUGAAGGCUUGUCUAUAUAUAGUUAUUGAAUAGCAUGAUAUUAUAUGAAGAUACACAUUAAUGAUCAAAUUAUUGCUUCAAUUUAAUUGUAAAAAAAUUAGUUCUUAAUAUUUUUUGUAAAUCAUUCAUUUGGUGUUAUAUUUACGUCUAUCUUUUAAGACAAAUGAAAAAUUAAAUAUAUAUGUAUAUGUAUAUAAACAA